CGACCCCUUUGCCCUCCAGCUCGGGUCUUCCACAACUAACAUGGCGGCUCCCUGUGUGUUCUGCGGCGCCGCAGUUUCCUACCGGCUCUUUCUCGGGAGUAGGAUUAGCCUCGUCCGGGAACAAAACCUCUGGAAAGCCGCGGCUGCUGAGUUUCAGAUAGGUACCGGAUCCCAGAUAUUAAGGCUAAGACACACCACGGGUGUAACAACAAAGAAAAAUAUUGCAGCCUUAAGACGUGGAACUUACACAGUGGAUUUUAUUAAAAAGCAGAUUGAAGAGUUCAACAUAGGAAAGAGACAUUUAGCCAACAUGAUGGGAGAAGAUCCAGAAACUUUUACUGAAGAGGAUAUUGACAGAGCUAUUGCUUACCUUUUCCCAAGUGGUUUGUUUGAGAAACGAGCCAGGCCAAUAAUGAAGCAUCCUGAACAGAUUUUUCCAAAACAAAGAGCAAUCCAGUGGGGAGAAGAUGGCCGUCCAUUUCAUUUUCUCUUUUAUACCGGCAAACAAUCAUAUUAUUCAUUAAUGCAUGAAGCAUAUGGAAAGCUACUAGAUGUAGAAAAACACCGAAAUAAGUUGCAAGCCAAAGAUCUAUUUUCAGAAAAAACUAAAACCAUAAACCCGAUUGGCAGCAGAUGGCUGAUCAAGGAAGAACUAGAAGAAAUGUUAGUGGAAAGACUGUCCGAUCAAGAUUACACACAGUUCAUUCGGCUGCUAGAGAGGCUGUUGGCAUGGCAGUGUGGGGCCGCUGAGGAAGAGUUCGUGCAGAGGUUUCGUAGGAGUGUGACUAUUCAGUCAAAAAAGCAGCUGAUUGAGCCCUUGCAGUAUGAUGAGCAAGGAAUGGCCUUCAGCACAAGUGAAGGUAAAAGGAAGAGUGCCAAAGCAACAGCCAUUGUCUAUGAGCGUGGAAGUGGGAGAAUACAGAUAAACGGACUUGAUUAUUUGCUCUACUUUCCGGUGCUACAGGACAGAGAACAGUUGAUGUUCCCUUUUCACUUCCUUGACCGGCUUGGAAAGCACGAUGUGACCUGCACAGUCUCAGGGGGCGGGCGGUCGGCACAGGCCGGAGCAAUACGCUUGGCGAUGGCCAGAGCCUUGUGCACUUUUGUCACUGAAGAAGAGGUCGAAUGGAUGAGACAAGCUGGACUCCUGACCACGGAUCCCCGCAUCAGGGAGCGGAAGAAGCCGGGCCAGGAGGGAGCCCGCAGGAAGUUUACCUGGAAGAAGCGCUAGGCACUGCUCCGCAGCAGAGACGACACACUGUGUGCGUGCCUGGCAUGUGGCCGCCGGGAGUGUUCACUGGCCAGUGUGAGGGCACCACUGCCCUGCGUUUGCGUUGUGACGUUUAUUUUUAAGUGCUACUCUGUAAAGAUUACCUAUAAACAUCAUUUUUUAAAAACUGCUUUAUUCAUU